CUGCGACUACAUUGUCAUCAGGUCAGCUGCCUGCGAAUCGGCCUUUCAGGCCAGAAGCGAUCGGAAGGGCGAACUCAUUCCAGUACCCCACGGUACAGAUCGGUGCGGGCGCACGGGCAAGCGGUGCACUAGCGGCAGCCGUGGCUCCGCGUUUCUGAGCCUUCGGAACGAGCGAGUUGACAGACACAGACGGCAGCGAUCGGCUUUCCACCUAACGUCACAUCGAUGGGCAUGUUUUUGACCGGAAACAGCGCGCGGAGUUUGAUGGUGGGGGUGGGGCGAGCGCCCGGGUUUGCCAGCUCGCUAGUCCGAUGCAGUGGUACGCACAACGCUUGCCUCCCACCGAAAGAAGCCAACUUACGGUCAUUGGCCGCCGUCGCGGAGAGGCGAAGGGGUGGCAGCCGUGGACGGGGUGAUGGGCAUGCGGGGAGAGGCUUCGUCCCGCAGGCGAAACGCGCGGGGCGCACACAGCAUAGGAACGCCGAUGCUCCUCGGUUCCAGCCUUUCGGGCGCGCGGGUGGAGAGGGGUCCAAGGUCGCCGAGAGACUCUUUGAAGAUUUCGGCAUAAAUAGCCUGAAGAAGUACUCCCCCGAGGCGACGGACGAGCGGAAGAGAGUCCUUACAUGGCUCGAAGGGACAGUCAGGAUGAGCUCCCGGGCUAUCGCGGAUAUGGUGGAGCAAGAGCCGCGCAUUGCGGAGCAAGAGACCGGCGCGAUAUCCGCGAGGCUGGCGUGGUUGAAAGAGAGACUGCGGCUCAGCGACGAGCAGAUCAGGAGCCUGGUGCACAGGAGGCCGUCCGUACUGUGCCGGAGCGUUGACGAUAGCAUGGAACCCAAGGUUCAAUGGCUCCAAGAGAAACUAGGCCUGAGUGCGGACGAGGUGGCGACAAUGGUCUCCUCCGCACCAAACGUCCUAACCAUCAGCAUCGAAGGCAGCAUGGCACCCAAGCUAGACUGGCUCUCCCGGCGGCUGAUGCUGUCCAACGAAGAGCUGGCUGCGGUAGUGACCACGUGUCCUCAAGUGUUGACGAGUAGCAUCGAGGGCGCGCUCGAGCCAAGGCUAAGGUGGCUCCACACAAACCUGCAGAUCGGCGGGUCUAACCUUCGCGAGAGGGUGCUAAGCUAUCCCUGGCUGCUGAACCUCAGUGAGAAGGACAAGUUGGAGCCGACGUUCGACUUCCUGAAGACGAAACUCCUCCUCGACGAGGCCGAAAUCAGGAAGACCCUCUGUCGAAACCCGCGCAUGUUCCUGACUCCCAUGAGGCAAACGUUCGACUCAACGAAGAAGUGGCUUUGUACAAAGGUAGGGCUGGGGGAGGAGGAGGCGGUGAAGGUGCUGACAAAGGAUGCGCGACUGCUGCUGCGGAGCACGGAAGUUCUGGACACCAAGGUGGCCUUUUUUUGCCAAGAGAUGGGCGCCACCCUGGAGGACGUUCGGGCCGUGCUAAUGACGAGCCCAAACUUCUUGCUCGUAAGCAUAGACCUCAUGCUGGCGCCACGGGUGGCGGCAUUGAAAGAUGCCGGGGUAGAAGUUUCGUUUUCGGCGCAUUGGAAUGACCUCGCGUUCGGCCCUCGAGGAGAGGCGUUUGAUUUUUGGGUGAGAAGGCAAGCUAGCAGGUCACGCAGGUAGAACAGAGUGUGGAUGUUGUUGCGAAGUCAGCACCAAAUAGUCGUUUUGCUCUUCCCGUGCAUGCGAAAGCUGCCAUGCUACCCUCGAGGAGACCUACCGGAGAAGUCAAGCAGUGUUCGAAGUGGGCACAUCACGUUGAUUUGAAACAAGUGACGUUGACAGGUUGGUUUGUCUGGAGCUACUUCUACGACAGCGCAGUGCUUCUUCAGGUCGGCGUGGACUCUUGAGCAUGCAAAAGAACACGACAAUCAGAAGGUCGCGGACGUUCACCAAAUGGCUCGUUUUAUCUCUGUCGUGAUUCAUCGAAACUUUUCGAACCCCACCCACGGGGGUUGGUGGCCUACGUAUCCCAUUUUUUUGUUCACGCAUACACAACACAUUUUCUACAAAAAAUAGUGGCACAAAAAAUCAAUUUUUGUUCGCAGAGACCCGAGGUCGGCAAAAAACAAACUCAACUCAUUCAAGCGGCAAUGGAAAGCCCAAAAUUCAACGAAGAAAAGAACAACCCCAACAACAAGAACAAAAACACAGGUUUAAACUAAAGCAUCAGACUCACUCGAGGCCAUGCAUGCAUAGUACUGCUCCUCGUUGACCCAACGUUGGCCACCUAACACACUCCCUGUCAAAAGUGAGGACAAUUCAACACGGCAACUGAACGAGACGACCGAAUAGUGACGUUCGCACCUGCGAAAGAACAUCGGACGGCAACACUACUUGUACAGACGUAUCAGCUUAUUUUGCUGGGGUGUCGAACAUAACGGACAGUGCUUUUAAACGUCCCGAAAGUAAGAUUGGCAGAAAUGCGAUGUAGUUUCAUUUUUUCACGCCCCUACCGACAGUGUCUGUGCACUCCUUACCUAGCAACUUAGUUGUCUCUUGCAUUUGCAUUCUAAACAUCACAAAUCCAGACGAACGCUUCAUCUAUGGCGGGGCAGUCCCAAAAUCGGCCAGCAUCAUCGCAUACGUUUCGAGGGCGCGAGCAUUCUGCUCUAUGUUGAUCUUGCGAUUAACUGAUGCCUGCAAGAGCGUCAGCCGCCGUCUGCCGGGCAAGACCUUAGUCAUGGAAUAAACCAUCUCUUCGCUUUCUCUCGGUGAGGUUCCUUGACCGCCUGACUGACGGGCGGCUACUUCCGAAGUGGGGGAAGUCACCCGCACCGAUGGUCCCGCCCCUAGCGGAGGUGAGUCCCCUGAACUGGGUGCGGCAGCGUUGGAAGUCUGUGGAAUCGUCGAUGUGCCCUGCAGCGUGCCCGUCGCUGUCGUUUCGAUGACGGGUGAAGAGGUCGUGCUUGGUACGGGCGAGGUUCCCGAGCUGGGUGAAACCGUCUGAUUGGAUGACGACGCUUCAGCUUUGUUGCGGUCGGGCAAAUAACAGACAAUAACCUUCAUCUCUCGAGCACCACCGCUCAGGAACAGCUCAGCCGCGCCGCCUGCAGGGAUUAUCUCUGAUGAAGUAUUCACUGGGAGCAUUAUAUGUUCGGUCCGUCUCCCGGCCUCGAAACUAAUACCCGCCUCGCUAAAUGUCAGCGAACAAGCUUUCGUCGCCUCUUUGCUGGUGGUGAAGGAAAUGGGCAUUGGUGUUACGUGAGCCACGGAGUUGGUGGCGUUGACCACCAGCACCGAUUUAUCCCAAUGACGGGACACGACAUUCCCGCUAGCACUAGUUGUGCGUUUAGCCACACUGAACCAGGUGAAAUGCCGAAUUCGAGCUCGAAGACACGUGGAGCCCUCGUCGUCCAACACAACGGAGACGUCCUGCAUGUCCAUCUCCCGCCAGGGGUCAUCUUCACUUGGCUUGGAGAGU